AUGGCCGCCGGUCCGAUAGCAGAAAGAAAUCAAGGUAGUUUAUUUUAUGUUGGUGGUUUGGACGAUAAAGUCUCAGAAAGUCUUAUGUGGGAGUUAUUUGUUCAAUCUGGGCCUGUUGUGAAUGUCCAUAUGCCAAAAGAUCGUGUUACUCAAAUGCAUCAAGGAUAUGGAUUUGUUGAAUUUCUGGGAGAAGAAGAUGCAGACUAUGCAAUCAAAAUUAUGAACAUGAUAAAACUUUAUGGAAAACCAAUUAGGGUCAAUAAAGCUUCAGCACAUCAGAAAAAUCUGGAUGUCGGUGCCAAUGUGUUUAUAGGAAAUCUAGACACAGAAGUUGAUGAAAAAUUAUUGUAUGACACAUUUUCUGCUUUUGGAGUAAUUCUUCAAACGCCGAAGAUAAUGAGGGAUCCAGACACUGGUAAUUCAAAGGGUUUUGCAUUCAUAAAUUUUGCCAGUUUUGAUGCUUCUGAUGCUGCUAUUGAUGCAAUGAAUGGUCAACAUCUGUGUAAUAGACCUAUAUCGGUAUCAUAUGCUUUUAAAAAGGAAGCUAGGGGAGAGCGACAUGGUUCUGCUGCAGAACGUUUGCUAGCUGCACAGAAUCCAUUAUCACAAGCAGAUAGGCCUCAUCAAUUGUUUGCUGAUGCUCCAACUGGUGGCAUGGGUAUGGCACCACCUCCUCUACCAGGCAUGAUGCCACCUCCACCUCCCCUACCCCAUCAGGCGGUUGCAGCAGUGGCUGCGCAUCAUAUGGCUUCAAUGAUGAAUACUAUGAUGCCACCUCCACCGCCUGUAACACCAACACCGCAAGGUAGCCUUCAUCCACCACCUCCCCGCCAGUUCCUCCGCCGCACAUGCAACCACCACCACCGCCACCGGCGCCGCCACGAAUGAUGCCGCCUCCGCCACCAUGGCAACCUCAAGGGGGUCCUGGUGGGCAAUAUCCUCCACCUCCACCCCCUCAACAUUUUGGAAGUAACUUCAAUGUCGUCCGCCUCCACCACCAAAUUGGAGACCUCCCCCACCAGGAUUUAGACCAC